CUCUCCUCGUUCAACCGCAUGCCUUUUAGGUUCCUCACGCUGGCUGGGAAAAGAGAAUGCGGCGAAAAUAAAGCGGCUGGUAUCUCUGGGCCCUGCACCUCUUCCUCCUCCGUCGUCCGCUGUCUCCCGGCUGCGUUUCCACAGCUCUGAGCCAGGGGCCGUAGGGAAGCCGCCUGGCCCUUUUUAUGAACAACAAAACGGUGAUGAAGGCAACAGGACUCAGAACACUAUUCAUUGCAGGAAGCCCCAGUAUCCGGUGAGAAAUAAGAAACACAACAGCACAGGAUGCGCCUUGGGGCAGGGGGACGUGAAAAGUCCGCAGCCUUUGUGUCUUUCUGGGAGCCACUGCGGCCACAGCUCAGCUCCCAGCUCCCCACCGGGAGCUGAAUCCCAGCGCCGAUCGCCACCAGGGACGGAGGACCCCCCGGGAUGGCCACCUCCGCGGAUCUCCUGUUGCUGCUGCUGCCCCUGCUGCUCCCGGGCCAGCCCCAGGCAGGAGCCGGGGCCCCCAUGGAAGCCGUGGUGUGCGCCGGGACCGCUUGCUACACUGCCCACUGGGGCAAGCUGAGCGCCUCCGAGGCCCAGCAGAACUGCAGCUCCAACGGGGGCAACCUGGCCACGGUGAAGAGCGAGGAGGAGGCCCGGCACAUCCACCAGGCCCUGGCGCAGCUGCUGAGAGCCGAGGCGCCCCUGGCAAUGAGGACGGGCAAGUUCUGGAUUGGGCUGCAGCGGGAGAAGGGCACGUGCUUGGACCCCGACGUGCCGCUCAAGGGCUUCAGCUGGGUGGGCGGCGGGGACGACACGCUCUACACCAACUGGCACAAGGAGGUCAAGAGCUCCUGCAUCUCCAGGCGCUGUGUGUCCCUGAUGGUGGAUCUGUGGCAGCCGCCCCUGGCCAGCCGCCUCCCCAGGUGGUCCGAGAGCCCCUGUGGGACCCCCGGCUCUCCUGCCAGCAACAUCGAGGGCUACGUGUGUAAGUUCAGCUUCCAAGGUAUGUGCCGAUCUCUGGCGCUGGGAGGCCCUGGCCACGUGAACUACAUCACCCCCUUCCAGGCCAGCAGCUCUGCCCUCAACCUUGUGCCCUUCGGCUCUGUGGCCAACGUGGUCUGUGGCAGCGGGGAGGAGACCCAGAGCCAUUACCUCCUAUGCAAAGAGAAGGGCCCCCAAGUCUUCGAGUGGGACAAAGUGGGCCCCCUCUGCGUGAACCCCAAGUACGGGUGCAGCUUCAAGAAUGGGGGCUGCCAGCAGGAGUGCUUCGAAGGGGGCAAUGGAUCCUUCCGCUGCGGCUGCCGCCCGGGGUUCCGGCUCCUAGACGAUUUAGUGAACUGCGCCUCCCGGGACCCCUGCAGCUCUAGUCCCUGCACUGGGGAAGCCACGUGUGUCCCUGGGCCCCACGGGAAAAGCUACACCUGCCGUUGCCCCUCCGGCUACCGCCUGGACUCGACUCAGCUGGGCUGCGUGGAUGUGGACGAGUGUCAGGAGUCGCCCUGCGCCCAGGAAUGUGUCAACACCCUUGGGAGCUUCCACUGCGAGUGCUGGGUGGGCUACGAGCCUGCUGGCACCGGGGAAGAGGCGUCCUGCCUCGACGUGGACGAGUGUGCUCCCGGCCGCUCCCCCUGUGCCCAGGGCUGCACCAACACCGACGGCUCCUUCCACUGCUCCUGCGAGGAUGGCUACAUCCUGGCCGGAGAGGACAGCACCCAGUGCCAGGAUGUGGAUGAGUGUGCCAUCUCCGGGGGCAGCCCCUGUGACAGCCUGUGCUUCAACACACUGGGCUCCUUCCGCUGUGGCUGCCUGCCAGGCAGGGAGCUGGCCGCCGAUGGGGUCUCCUGCAUCAUGGACUUGGCGUCCCCAGGACCGUCACCCGGGCCUCCCCAGGAGACGCAUGAAGAAGACAGCGAGGGGAGCACCGUGCCUCCUGCCACAGUGUCCAGCACCACCAGAGGCCCUGAGGGCACCUCCCAGGCAGCCUCCAAAGCAAGGGAACCUCCCCUCCUCCCACCCAGGGACCCCACCACUUCUGCUGCAAGGGAGAUGCUGGCCUCCGGCGAGCCCCCUGGUGUCUGGACGGAGCCUGGCACCCAGCAGACCACAGGGGCAGCUGGCCAUGGCAUGGCUACAGGUGGGGACACAGUGGCCACUCAAAGCGACAAUGGGGCCGACGGGCAGAAGCUGCUCCUGUUCUACAUCCUAGGCACGGUGGUGGCCAUCUCCCUCCUGCUGGCUCUGGCUCUGGGGCUACUUGUCUACCGCAAGCGGAGAGCCAAGAGGGAGGAGAAGAAGGAGAAGAAGCCCCAGAGUGCGGCCGACAGUUACUCCUGGGUGCCGGAGAGAGCUGAGAGCAGAGCCACAGAGAAUCAAUACAGUCCCACGCCUGGGACGGACUGCUGAAGGUGAGAUGGCCCCAGGGACCGAUUAAAGCUCAGCGGCCUCCAGCCUCAGAGCUUUCAUUCCCGGUUGGAGCGGGAGGACCAGGGUCCCUCGGAGAGACUGGACUGGAAUCAGUUGUGACCCUUUUCCUGAGAAGUCUGGCAGCUUGGAGUGCGCAGGUGCUGUCUCGUGUGUAUGGUGUUCCCGAAUCGGAAGCUGCGUGUGGACAUGGGAAUUCUGUGCACGUUAGCCGUUCUCUCUCCCCUCUCCCUGUUCAAGGUCAAGUGUGGCUGAUUUCGUGCCCCCCCCCCCACAUCGAGAUCAGUAUACUGGGAAUCAAGUGCUAUGGGCUCUUUGAAUGGUUUCUCUGCUCCCUUCAACCAUGGGAGAGAUACGACAAUGCUUCAUGCCUGGUGCCAAAUAGAAUUGAGACAUUUGUUCCUCUUGUAUAAUAUAGCCUUAUUAUUUUGAUCAGAAGCCCUUUUUUGGUGAACAUUUCUUUCUCUUUCUAUCGAUGCCUUUGCUGAUCACAGGUCCUGCCCAGUUCCUGUUGAAACCCUCCAUAAUCAGCAGAAAUAUCAUUAGCUGCUUAGGUAGCCAGGAGGCACCAAGGGUCACAGACUGUCUCCUAGCUCUGAGGUUUCUAAUAGCUUUGGAUUUCUUUUGCAAGCGAGGUUGGACCAAUCUGUGAAAAACUGCUUGGGGUGAAUGGCAGGUGAUUGUGGAAUCACAUCUCCCAAAGGGAGGGAGGGAGGGAGGGAGGGAAGGAGAGAGAAAGAGAGAGAGAGAGAGAGAGAGAGAGAGAGAGAGAGAGGAGAGACCAAGGCCCUGAUUCAUUCAAUGUCCUGUGGCUGACACACACUGGAAUGCAGUGACACAGACACUUCAGGAAAGCAGGCCAAGGGCACCCCCGCCCCUACUUCACAGCACUCUGUGUGCACAGAGGAAGCUUGAGAAGUCUUUUGUUCUGUUUUCUAAAGGAUGUGUGAGGGAGCUGACAUGUUGCGUUUUGGUAUCAGUCAUCUUAAAGCAUCGCAGCACAGUUCACUGUCAUCGGCGCGCUCUGAGAACUUGACUCCUGAUCUGUGAAUGUGGCUUAGGGCCAAGUUGGGGACUGGUCACUCAGGGUUUCUGUCUUUUCCUUAAAAAAGGAGAGAGAAGGAAAGGGAGACACAAAGAGAACAAAUGCAAUCUUUUGGGAUUGCCGUUUUAAAUUACAUACUCAUUUUAAUGUGUACAUUUGUAAAGAUUCCCCCUUUAUAACACUGCGGGUGCCAGCGGCUGUCGCUGGCUGCAGAACUGGGCCUGGGACACUGGCAAGCAGCCCCCCGGGGGGGUUGGCAGGAUGCAACUGGGAGGUCUUAGGUCUCCUGGGAGCCCUUUGCUACCACUAUACAGGGAACAGCCAGACGUCUCCUUCCAGGACUUCCAAAACCUGCCAGUCAUAGCCGGGGUGCCUGGUCAUUUUCUGGCUUAGCUUCAGAUAUGUAUCUCCCCUGAGAGGUUACCACCCUGGGGCUGAACAGCCCGCCAGGUGCAUUAGCACCUGUCCUUGGGCCAGCUUUGACAUGUAGAUACUCUACAAUAUAGACAUUUUCCAGGAGGAAAAUGGAAAACUUGGGUUGGGGAGGGGAGGGUGUAGGAUUAAACAAAAAAAGAAGGAAGCUGGGUGGGGCUCAGCAGGGUGUUUGGAAUCUCUGCUUUUUCUAGGUGGUCUCCCUGGUUUCAAGGUGGGACUCCAUCCUUUAACACAGACCCCCAGUGGGACCCUAAUGGUCCUGUGGGACCCUUUACAAUCUGUUGAGAUUGGCGGAGGGUUGAGUGGAGACCGUCAUGACCUGGCCAUGGGCUGCUUUCAAAAACAUGGCAGUAAGAGCAGGUGCAGCGGUUCUACCUCUAGGUCCUUACAGCUCCUGCCCUCAAGCGCUGGGGGUGAGGGAGGCAGUGUAGGCUUUCUAGAGCUUCUUCAUGGUCUGGAGCCAGCUCCUGUGAGCCUGCAUCCACCUGCACCCCUCUUGGGUCCUGUUACUUCUCGGUGUUGGUUUCUCACACAGCCCAGACUCUUUCCUGGUCUCUGUUCCAGUUCUUGUUGACAGCUCGCAGCUCUAUCUCCAAGCCCAGGGAGACCACGGAUCCCCUCUGUGGGACCCAUACACAGGGAAAAUGAAUGAUAAGGAAUUCAGGUUCCCCAAAUGCCCUCUCUCUCAUAGUUGGCUCCUUCCCAUGGUGCUCAUGGCCACUGCCCGUGAGUAGCCAAUAUGCUGGAGCAGACGCCCUUCAGCCGUGAUUAGGUUGGAAACCACCAGUCUGAAGCAAUGCUUUGUUGUCGCAUUAUGUAUGCUGGUACCUUGCUCCCAGCCUUAGCUCAGGGAGCCUGGAGGCCCCAGCAAUGAAAAACAAAUGUCCACUGGCCAAACAAGCAGCAUCAUUUGCCCAGAGGGUCCAGCUGGAGAAUCAAGGGGACAGCUGUGAAACCAACCAGGGUGCUGGAGACAGGGAGAAGUCUCCACUCGACAAUGUCUCCAAGACAACGGAGACUGUCCUGUCCAGAUAGAAUUCUCUGUAGCUCAUAAAUUCUGGAAGAUCCUUGGAGAAACAAGACUCAGGACAAAUUCCCCUGCCCCAUCCGCCACCUUCCAAAGCAGCUAACUCCAAGGUGGUGGUGGGAGUGGGGGUGGGGCAUCCUCACCGUGCAGCUCACAGCAGCCCUCACUGCUGAGUCUUGUCUGUUAUCAGAGAAGGAGGAUGCAGGGGGACAAUUUUCUCUGCAGAAUCUGAGGAGCAUGGAAAACCAAGGGCAGUACCAGUACCCAAGAGGGACUCGGGGGCAUCCCUUGAAGAGGGAACCCCUGACUGGCUCAGCAAAGGGGCUUCAAGGCAAAUGCAGCCAUGUCUGGUUUCUGCCGGUUAUCACUGUUGUAGUAUCCUGGGGCUACACAUGCGCACAUCACCUUUGUGAGUGACAGGGCCUUGCUGGAGUGUACAGGAUAAGGACGGGAAGCAGACAGCAGUCCCGGCCAACCUCCGAAAGCCUCUUGCUUAGUAGCAACCUCAAAUACCCUUUGGGAAGACCCAUUCUAACUCUUUCUCAUGGUCAGGCAGCAGUGCAUUCAGUAUGCUUAUGUAAGAGGCACAGUAAAGUGAGUUGGAAUUUAAUUUCUCCUCCCUGAAAGCUGCUAUUCUCCUUUGAGUUCUAGUGGUGAGUUAAGUUGGAGUCUGUUAAAACUCAGCAACUUGGGGUGAGCAUUUGGCCUAGUGGUUCCCCACUGGAGUCCUUGGGAUUGACGCCCAGCACCAACUCCUAACUCCAGCUUCCUGCCAAUGCACACACUGGGAGACACUGAUGAUGGUUCAAGUAACUGAGUCCCCGCUGCCCACACGAGAGACCUGGGUGGAAUUACUGGCUCCAAGCUUUGAUCUGGCCUCGCCAUGGCUUGUUGUAAGCAUUUGGGGAAUAAAUCAGCAGUAGAUAGGAUCUCUCUCUCUCUCUCUCUCUGCCUCUCAAAAUAAAGAAAAAUGUAAAACAAAGUAACAAAAAGCGAUCAAUUAGGUGAUCAUUAGGUACUUGGGUCCCAACCUUUCUUUCCCAUGCAUAACUCUGUGAACACUAAAAGAACAGAGAUACAGUUUGACAAAUUGCAUACCGUUUGACAAACGAUUUAAUAAAUUCAAAAUAGCACAAUUUUUAAAAGCAACUGGAGGAAAGCCCUUUCCUAUUAUUUUUCUUCUUAGCUUCCCCAUUGUCUAAAUCAGGAAAACAGGAAAAGCUUGCUUUCUAGCAGCUGUGACAUGAUUUCGUGCCCCCUACAUAUUUCCAUCGCCCUGAACAAUAGCGUUAGCAUGGGACUCUGAGAUAGGAUUCCUGGAAACACCUGCCCCUGCUCUGGCUGCAGAACUCCCUGCUUCAGUCUCUACCUUUGGUCAAAUUGGUUAACUGAAAACACAGCGUCACCCAGAUUCUCUGUUUCCAAACACCCCAUCCCCACGCAGGUCCCAGACAUGAACCCUGCCUGAAGUGCUUGCUAAAAACCAUGUGUGUUGGGUCUGCUCUUGGAGAUAGUGCCCAUCUAUUCUGGGGGGAAACUCUGGAAUCCCUCUCUCCUACUGUCCCUCUGAGUCCAGGGGGUUCCUGUCAGCAGGUUUAUGCCCACCGUUCCCGGGGCUGAAGCUCUUUUGCAGAUUUGCCUUGAGUUGUGGAUUCCGUCAUGAGCAAGACCUUGUCCUUUGAGGUCAGAUGUCAUUGCGGAUAUCAGCCACGGCUGACGUCAUCACCACCAAGCGAGAGUGUAAAUGCUUUUGGAUAUGUGUAUUUGGAAUUUGACUGCUUCUGGACUCUUGAGCUGUCUGUGCAGGGUUUAUUUUCAGCCUGUGCAUAAAGCAUUUCCUUGGGGAGGGGAGGCACUGAGCUGCUCCUAGGAGCACCAACAAAAUAGCCUUGUGGGUGACAUCAUGGGCCACCUUGGUCAUCCCUUGAGCUUUUGUUACGGAGCCACUCCUAAUAAACUCGGAAAUCCAGCA